UCUAUUUGUUGUACUAUGGAAACUCAGCAAACCAACGAUACAAAUGAACCGGACAAAGAACAAUCGAAACCAUUUUCUUGUUGUAUCUGUCUUGAUACUCCUUCAGACCCCGUGGUAACGCCAUGCGGUCAUUUGUUUUGCUGGAGUUGUUUGGUUAACUGGUUAGACCUUGCUCACGACGAUUGUCCUGUUUGUAAAGGACAUGUAACGCGAGACAAUGUAACUCCGAUCUAUGGAGCGAACGAUACCAACAAGGAGUUGCACGGCGAAAAGAAUAUUCCCAAACGACCAUCUGCACACUACGAAGAAAGUGAUCACACUGUACCUAUCCAUCCCAUUGUUGUACUUAUCAUUAGCGAGCAAAUAGAGAGAACAACAAUUUUUUCAACAUGGCGCAAGGCAUGCUCUUCCCUGGCAUGAUGAACUUUCGCUUUGGAAACAAUUUUAUGAUGUUCGGGUAUGGAAUGCCUCUGUUUUCGAUCAUCAACAUCGUUUUAUAUCUUUUUAACGUGGCGAGAAACUGGUAUCAAAACCAUCGUCAGGAGGAUAGUAAUACAAACGCGAAUGGAAACGCAGACGCAAGUGAAUCUGCGGAAAGCGCGCAUUCACGAGAGGAAACGGAUGCGGCCAUCCGACCUGUGACUGAUUCCAUUGACAUGAUCAUUAUCGUGGUUAUUACCGUGGUUCUUUUGCUUUAUUCUAUUUUCUCGU